UGGGGAAGAGAGUCCCCCAAAUAGGGCCACACAAAAUAAUGGGGGGUGAGAGGGAUCCUAGAUUGUCACCCCAGCUUGGUGCUGAUGACGCCACAAGGGAACAACCCAGGGCCUGUGACCCCUCUCGACACCCCCUCAGAGGACCCCGGCCCCGGGGACCCCGCCACCGUCACCCAUCCUUUGGGUCCCACGGGCCCCUCCGAAGCUCCGCCCCCUGCCUUGUCACCCGUCGCAACAGUGACAGCGUUGGCGUUUUGGUGGCGUUUCCCUCCGGGGCGGGGUUUCCUCGCCCAAGUCCCCCCAAAACGGUCCCCGCGCCCGCCCCGGCUCCAUUUGCCCCCGGAUCCCGCGGGGAUGCGGCCCCAGAGAGGUCCCCCCCGCUCCGCUCCGCCCCAGACGGUGAAGCAGCUACUGAAGGAGCUACGGCAGCAGAAGAGCAGGGAAGGCGCUCCCUGGCCCGUUGUCCCCGCAGUGACGCCCGGCCUCUGUGCUGCCCCACAUGUGUCCCAUGGCAGCCCGGGGGGGGCCCAUGGCGGAAGGGUCUCCGGUCCCAGGGGGUUUCAGGCUGCUGCCAUCCCUGGCCCUGCCUGGCCCCAUCCCGCAGUGCCGUGGGGAGAAUUUGGGGCCUCCCUGCUGGGAAGGGAGAUCCAAGACCCGUAUCCUGAACCCCAGGACCUGGCGGCCGCCCGCGCUGCACUGGGGGGCCGAGACCCCCGGGAGCUGCUGCAGCAGGACGAGGAGGGGGACACGCUGCUGCACGUGCUCUGUGCCGGGAGGCAGUGGGCGCUCGCCCGGGCUGCGGCCGAGGCUCUGCGGGACCUGGGGGGACUUGAGCUGCGGGAGCACCUGGGCAAGACUCCACUGCUGGUGGCAGCAGCUGCUGCAGCCCCGGAGAUUGUGCGGGACCUGCUUGUCCUGGGGGCCAAUCCCGAUGCUGCUGACCACGGGGGCCGCACGGCCCUGCACCUGGCUGCAGCCUAUGGGCACCCUGAAAUCCUCCAGGCCAUGAUGUCCUCGGGGGUUCCUGUCACUGUGGAGGCCAGAAAUUUUGAGGGCCAGACCCCUCUGCACUGCGCUGUCCUGGCCCACAACGCCUCGCUGCAGGGAGGGCACAGCCCCGUGGGGGGCUCUGGAGGGGGGUCCCCCACUCCCCAGGACCGAUUCCGCUGUGUUGAGCUGCUACUGCAGAUGGGGGCAGACAGCAGCAGCCAGGACACCAAAAGCAGCCUGACAGCUCUGCACCUUGCUGUGAGGGGAGGCAACCUUGCCCUGGCCCACCUCCUGCUGCGCCAGCCUGGCAUGGCCCCCCGCCUCGUCAACAUGAAGGCCCACGGGAACACCCCCCUGCACAUGGCAGCAGCACUACCCGGGACCCCCAGCCAGGAGCCGCUUGUGAGGCUGCUCCUGGCCUGGGGUGCCGACCCCAGUGCCCGCAACCUGGAGCACGACCUGCCCCAGAGCCUGCUGCCCCCUGGGGCCCCCGGAGACCAGACUCUGCAGCCACUGGGGAGCCUCAUUUCACUGGAGAACCCUUGCCAGCAAUUGGGAAAAUCCUACACAGUGCACCCACCCGUAGGUGAGCUCUCCAGAUUCACCCCAAAACUGAGUCCAGCUUUUGUAGGAACCAACCAACAAGUCAAAGUGACCUGGUUAUAUUUUUAUAUUUUUAUAUUUUUGGCACAGAAACACCUGGGUCUGAUGGCACACUUCCUGACCAGCAGGCGCCAAGGCUUGGCCAGAGCCCAGGCCUUGGCUGCGAAGGUUUCCCCUAAAAUAUCUUAUAAAGAAGCCUCUGUUCAUGUCAGUUGGGAAAAUUUCUUAAAAUGAUACAUUUCUAGCAGAUAACUACACAAGGUCAGUGAAAGUUUCUGAAGCAGUGGGUUUGGUGUGAAACAGCUGGCUUAAGCAUCUUGUCAUCUAUUUUUAGCUAAAUAAUGGGGUGUGAACUGGGACAUUAAAGGGAGGCAGUGUGGUAAACGGGGCUCAAUGGGUCAAUUAUUUAACUAUUAUUUUAGCUAAAUAAUACUGAUUGUGUUAGUCACAUAAUGCCCAGGGUUCAUCUUGUAAGCCAGCUCUGGCUGAGUCCUGCUGCUCAGGCCUGAGAGCAUCAGAAUGGCAACAUUUACAGACUACAAGAACAUGUUGCAGAAACCAGAGAUGAAGAAACAAAGACAAUUCAGCAUCUGCACUGAAACUCUCCCUAUGACAAAAUGAGAUGCUACAAACAGCUGAGGAAGAAAGUGCAUGACAGCACCGUGUUUCUACAGGAGCAGUCUGCCAGACUGCUUCUAUCCUGACACAUUUUUCUGUGCAAGAAAAGACAGACAUUCCAGACUCUGAAAUUGUGUGAUACAGUGGAGAACAAAAGUUCAUUGCAACCAUGGUUAUGUGCACAAGCUGCAAGGAAAUGUAGCUGCCACUUGAUUCUGGGGUAAAUUCAAGUUUGCAGAUGGAAGGGAAGGUCAGUGAAAUCUUUCUGUUCUGGUACAGUUUCUCAGAGAGAGUGAAGGACAUUUUCAACUUUGUAUCUCUACUGCUGGACACCCUGAUGCCUCAGGAUUUUAGCUUUUGUAUUUUUCCAUAUAUUUGUAAUCCUCCAUUUCUUUAGUGUAUAACUCCAUACUCCACACACAGCGAGAGCUGCUGCUUCCCCAGUUUGGGCAGACACAACAAUUCCCCUCCAGGCCUGGCAAUCAAGGACACCUCACUGCCUCAGGCCCCAGAGAUGGAAACAAAAGUGAGUUGGGGGCAGCAAACUCGGGGUCAAUGACUUCAUUAGCUGGAGCUGUAAUGGGAAGAUGAACCCCCAAUAUGCCAAUGGCCCAAACUUAUAAAAGUGUGAAAACCUGUGACCCAUUGUCCAUUCUGGGUGUAGCCCCUGGGGGGCUUUGUCUGCCCUGAAUGUACCCGAAGGCUCUUCAAUAAAUAGAACUGUUUUUAUUAUCUUAAUUUUCUCUGGCCUCUGUUUUUAGGGAACCCUAGUGAUGCCUUGGAGUGGCUCCCUAGAACAGAGGCUAGUUAAGAGAAUAAAGUGGGGAUUUAUUAAAGGCCUUCAAUACACCUUGAGCAGUGCAAAAGCCUUCCAGAGGCUACACCCAAGAUGGACAGUGGUCGUGAGUUUUUCAGACAGAUAAGAGUUUGGUCUAUUUGCACAUCAGGGGUUAAUUGUCCAAUUACAGCUUCAGAUAAUGAAGUCAGAUACCCUCAGUUUGCUCCCCCCGCCCGAUUCACUUUGUUUUAUAUUUUUGGGACCUGAGGCAGAGGGUGUCCUUGGUUCUCAAGCCUGGAGGGAUUGUUUUGUCUGACCAACAUGUGAAGAGAGCUUGCUAACACUCUAUAUGGAGUCCAGUGUUACACACUGAUGCAGUACAGGAUCUGAGAAAUAGAAAAAGACAAAAACUUAAACCAAAAGCCCCCCCCAAGGGACAGUGGCAUCUCUUCGGAGCGCACAGCGCCACCGCGUUCCCCCGCUGCCGCGCUCACCGCUCCAGCUGGUGGCGCUGCGGGCCCGGCCGAGGGCCCUGACAGCAAAAGGGUGAAAAUCCGAGAAAAUUCGGAGAGCUGGGAACAAAGUUAGGCCCUGGGAAAAUGUUAAAGAUAGGCCCUGGAAAAGUUAGGCCUUGUGUUUGCUAGACCGUGUGAAAAUACACCUGCGUAACUAGUAUAUGAUAAAUGAUAUGAUUGUUAGAUGUGAUGAUCAUUUAGUAAUUAGAUGUAAUUAUUGUUUAAUAAGAAGAAUCACGAGAAAAGAAACUGUGAGUGGGAUCAUGAGAAACCCACGCUCGGAUGAAAUCAAUAUAUACAACAGAACAAUGCAAGUUUAAUAAUCAAUAUGUAAGAUAUAACAAUAGAAUAUAAAACAUGUUCAUCCCAAACCCAUGUCGGGUCAGAUUUGGGUCUGCACCCCUGACACCCAGAGCUCUUCAAUAAAAGCACCUGCAUGCAAUCAUUCUGUGAUUGUGUGUUCCUGAACCCCCCCAGGGCGGGACCGUCAGGUCACGGAGCCCAAACGGAGCCCACGGCGGGACACGCAGCGCUGGGCAAGCCAGGCAAUGCCACAAGGGAGAUGGGGACAGCUGGUACCUCUGCAACCUGGGUCAAAGCUACAGGAUGCUUGUAUAGCUCGAGUUAUACCAAUAGAACCUGGAUCAUAACUUUCUAUGCAAUGUAAUAGCUAGUACAUGGUUAACUAGUUGCUUAACGCUUAAAUAAAUAGAAACUAGACAAGUGAAUGAUCUCAAAAAUAGACAAGUAUAACUACAUUGGGAAGCGGCAGGAUGUACUAACGAGAAAUUGGCAAAUGUAAAGCCAAUUAGCCACAAAAUGGAGAAUCUAAACUGCUUACAUCCAGCAGGACCAAGGAACACCAUAACGGCACAUGCUCUGAAGACAAAGCUGAGAAGUUCAGAUGCGAGGAAGACCCUGAGCCUUCAUCAAAGAAGACCCACAAGACCACCUAAAUUGGGGAAGCACAAGCGCAGUACAGAACUGUCGCCUUGCCUAGAACUUCACUGACUUGUCAGGCCAUGCCUACACCUUCUUUCCAUGUCUUGCCAAACGCUUCCUUGCCGUUCCUUGCCUACCCCUCCCUUGAAUUGUCCUGACUUUGUUUACCCCUCUCUUGCCUUGCCUUCCCUUCCUUGUAGAGGAAUGACCCUGGCUGGAUGCCAGGCUCCCACCAAAGCCUGUCUGUCACUCCCCUAAAUGAAUGUAAAGUGGGGAGAAAAUAUGUAUUUCAUUAAUUGAGAUAAGGACAGAGAGAGAUCUGCUCCGACCCAUGGGCCCAGCAUUUCAUGUCCCCAGACACAAAUUCUUGGUAAAAGCUAUUUACCAU